AUGUUUCAUUCGACAUGGCCGCGCGUCCGGCGUGCGGCCGCAUGCUGCUGCACCAGGGGCCAACGCCUCUACUCUUCCCGCGACGCGAACCGCACCCUGCCCGACAGACCCGGCUACGACAGCGCACCGCGCGGCCGGACGAGGACCUUUGACCGCCGGGACCAGCUGCGCAGCCGACCGACACCUCCGAACCGCGCGGUCCAGCAGAAGCUGCAAGCGGAGCGCAACCUGCGCAGAAGGCUGGUCGAGGGCCGGCUCUCGCUGGCGGAGCAGACCGAGGCGGCCGCGGCGAUUGAGGGCCUGAGCCCGGAGCAAAUCACGUCGGGCGUCCUUGGGGACUUAAAAAGGACAGAUCCUGAGCCCACGUCAUACCGAGACGCAGAGGACUUCGCGAAUCCAGAUCAGGAGAGCGGUGACAACCAAUGGUCCCUGCUGAAGAGACGUCAACGAAACGCCGAGACAGAGCUGGCUCCUUUCGAGACUACGCCGCCUCUGGAAGAGAGCGAAGCAAGAAACACAAAUACCGAGGCAUGGCCGCUAUUGAAGCGGCGCGAACCAAGCUACGGAUACAUGAUGCCCUCAGACAUGUCCUCCGAGGACGAGGACUCGACCGAGCUGGUCACGACACCACCAGCCGACUCGACAGAUCUGGUGGCCGCCACCCGCGCCGCCCUUGCCAGAAAGGAUGAUUUCCCCGUCGCCAAGUCGCACACCAUGAUCCGCAUCGACGGUCUGAGCACCAACGUCCACGCGUCCGACUUUUACCGCAUCGCCGAGACGGACCUAUCCAAAUGGAACCAAUCCAUCAAAAAGGUGCAGCAAGUGCGUGAUCGGAUGACGCUGGAGCCGACCGGCACCUACAACGUGACCUUUUCCACCGCCGUCGCGGCGACCGCCUACGCCGCGCGCUUCCAGCGGCUGCACGCCAUGGCGCGCGUGCGCGCCCGCUCGAGCACCGGCCUGUGGCGGAGCGAGGUGCCGCCGGCGCUGCUGCAGGCCGACGACGGCGCGACGCAGGACGAUCUCGAGGCGGCGCUCGCGCGGCUCACCCGCCUCACCGACCAGGUCGUCGCCGCCUUUGACGCGCGUCUCGGUCACGACGACGACGACGGCGAUGCCGCCAACGGGGACGGCGAGCAGCGGCAGGCCGUCGCCGCUGUCAGCGAAGAGGACGAGAAGCAUCUCCGCGCCGUGCUGCGCAAGAGGGAGGGCCUGCGCCGCGUCGCCCGCCACAUGGAGGGCGCCGCGCUGCGGCGCUUCGUCGUCGCCUUUCGUGACGACGCUGAGGCGCAGCGUUUUCAUCGCCUCUGGAACGGCCGCUGGCUGGGCGGUCGCGACAUGCCGCCGGCUGGGGGCGCGCCGCGGCACUUUGUGCGGACGCAGGUGCUGGAUUAUUAG